AGGUUUCGUUUUGACGAAUGCAACUUUUUGUUUCAUCUGAGAGGGUGUUCAAUCCAUUUGUUCCUAAAUGCGAGAUCCUCUUGGAUUGCAUCUAAAUUAGAGCGGUUAAGCAUGAAUGGGGAUACGGAAAAAGUGAAUGGCACACCUGUACCCUCGAAGAAAUCUCCAAAGAAGCCUCAGAAACGCAUGGGAGAAGAAAUCGAAGAUUCUUCGAAAAAGCAAAAGACUGAUGGAGAUGAACUCAUUGAUCUCGAUGAAAUUUCCGCCGAAGCCCAAGGAGAGCAAGAGUCCGCAGAAAAAGAAAUCGAAGCCGAAGAUGCAGAACAUGCAGACCAACUUUUGCUGUCGGAUGAGGAAGUUCCCGCAGAAGUUGCUGCAAAAGUCGAUGCGGAUGGAAGUGAUUCAGAUGUUGUGGAGCUCAAAAGUGAGAGUGAUGAAGAAAAUGAUUUCGAUGAAUGUGAAGCAGAAGAAUCAUCGUACCACGAAGAAGAACUUGAAGGAAACGACUUCGAGAAUCACGAGAUAGUGAAUUUGUCGGACGAAGAAGACACGGCGGAAGGUUAUCAACCCCGUCCCUUGAUCAUACCUGAUUAUCCGCAUUUGCAUCAUUGUGUAUUGGUGCUUCAACUGCGGCAGCCCUUCUACAUCGUUGGCAACUAUGGCGUGCGUGUUGUGAAAGGAACGGUGGGAUUGAUGGGAGCAGAACUGCGACCCGGUCCAGAGUUUCAUUCUGUUUACUCAUCUCGCACGUACGGAGUUCUGGCCCUUGAAAUCAAAGGUACAAAAGAGGUGGAUAGCGCAACCUUAACGAAGUUAGAAUCUCGUGAGUUCAAGUGUCAUCCGCAAGAUGUUGUUCUCAUUUUGCGGGGUUUGCAAAACAGUCUUGCAAAGCACGUUCAGCACUACUUCCCCUCUGUGCUCGGUCUCAAUCAGCAGCUCGUAACAGCGGGAAAAACCACGUUCGGAAAUCUCAACUUCAUCAGCUGCGUGGGGUUGUACCGAAAACAGAAACGAGUUUUCAAGGAUUACCAGCUUCGUUUAAUCGAGCAGGACACAGACUUUUUGAGAACUACUGUCUUGGAUCCAUCCGACAUAAUCAAACGGGGAGGUAUUGUUUUGGUCUGUGGUGGCAAAGGAACGGGGAAGUCCACGGUGCUCCGACAUCUAGCAAAUUUGGCUUUAACAUCCAAAAAUCGACCGUCAGAUAAACGCGUAUUGUAUCUUGACUGUGAUCCGGGCCAAUCCGAAUUUACCUUAUCGGGGACAGUUUCUUUGGUGGAAAUCACGAAAUCCUUUUUUGGUCCUGCGUUUUCACAUUGCAUGAAAACAGUCAAAUCCUUUUUCUUGGGACACCUGAGCGUCGUUUAUUGUCCGGAUGACUAUUUGAAUGCCAUCCGGAAGCUUCUGGCAUUCAUGGAGCGAGGAGACGAAUACAAAGGAGCAAUUGUAUUUGUUAAUACCAUGGGUUGGACGAGAGGCAUGGGUAUUGAUCUACUUGUGGAGAUAAUCCGAGCAGUAAAACCUACCGUGGUGGCCCAGCUCGCAAGUAUGAAUACAACGCACAAUUUGCCUGGCAUGCAGAACGACUUCGUUUGGAAGCAUGAUACGGGUUUCCCGUUACCUGAUACGUCGGAAGUUCCGAAGAAGUUCACCCUGGUUCAUCUCGCCAGUCAAGCGGAGUCGGAGAGUAAUGUCAGAUCUCUAGAAGGAAUCCGUGCUCCUGUAUCAAGAGAAUUGAUGAGUCUGGCGUACUUUAGCCAACUACAGCCCGGAAUUGCUAAACCGGAACCACUAAACGCUGUGGCGCCUUAUAGGGUGCCUUGGAAAGCUGUCGCGAUCAAGUCCUGUCACACAUCUCUUCCCAUGCGUGAGAUACUGAACCUAGUCGUGGGAAAUCUUGUUGCGUUGUGUACCGUCCCCAAGGAAAGACUCCUAUUGCCAAUUGAUACGUCUCAUCCGCGAAGUGUGAAGUCGAGUACUUUGCCAAGUUGCCUUGGAUUUGGGUUUGUGAGAGCUGUGGAUCCGACGGAAAAAUGCUUUUACGUAAUUACGCCGCUCCUGCCGAAAACGUUGAAAAGUGUAAAUUGCUUUUGCGUUGGCGUUCUGUCUAUGCCUUCUUGCAUCAUGGACGACGCGCCUCAUUUUUUUGCCGUGUCUCCAGGGGAAAUCCUUUCUCCUAACCGAUCGGAGUCUGUUCACUCGACGUUGAAUCGCGGCGUAGUUCCAAGAACGUUCCGGAAACGUCGAUAA